AGGUAUUUAAUGAGUAAAAGAAAAUCAAAAAGCUUUUAUAGACCUUUCGAGGGCAAAGAUCAUUAGCUAGACUAACAACUUUCUUAUGAUUAAUUCAUUUGUCUAACUUUAAAAAGGCGGAGAACGACGGCAGAGAUUCCAGUUUACUUGAUAGACAUCGUUGGAACUAUUCACCCUCACAAUGGAUUACAGUGAAGUGCCAAGAAUUUGUGAAUUCUUUCGUGAUCGUGAAGUGUUUAUGACCGGUGGAACUGGAUCUGUUGGAAAAGCUCUAAUUGAGAAAAUUCUCUAUUCAUGCCCAGAUGUGGGGAGAAUUUUUUUACUUGUGCGCCCAAAGAAAGGGCUCAAUAAAAAUGAACGUAUUGCCAAAUUCACGUCUGGGAUGAUCUUUAAUCGUAUUCGUGAGAAAAAUGCGGAACUUCUUAAGAAAAUUGUACCAAUAAGUGGCGAUUGUAUGGAACUGAAUUUGGGAAUGUGUGAAGGAGAUCGAAAGUUGAUGGAAAAUGUUUCAGUGAUUUUUCAUGGAGCAGCUAGUAUUCGUUUUGAUGAUCCUUUAAAGGAUGCAAUCCUUCUAAAUACAAGGGGCACACGUGAAGUCGUUAAUUUUGCUGAAAGUUUGAAAAAGUUAUGCGUUCUUGUGCACAUUUCAACAACAUACUGCAAUCCUCUAUUGUUUCAUGUUGAAGAAAAACUCUACCCUGUGAAUGUUAAUUGGAGGGACGCAAUAAGAAUUGCGGAAAAUAUUGAUAGAGAAGCAUUGGAUAUUAUUGCGCCAUUUUAUACGAAUUUCUAUCCAAAUACCUACACUUUUACAAAAUGCUUAUGUGAGCAAGUGAUCAACGAUUACAAAGAUCGCCUUCCAGUUGUAAUUUUUCGGCCGUCCAUUGUAACCCCGUCUCUGAGAGAACCAUACCCUGGAUGGUUGGACUUUAUCAAUGGCCCUAUUGCAUACACACUUCCGGGUAGUUUUGGCAUCAAUCAUGUGGGCUUAUUUAACAUGAACACCCAGUGUGAUUACAUUCCUCUCGAUAUUGUUGUUAAAUCAUUGAUCGUUACUGCAUAUGUGCAUGGCAUGAGGUAUGAAUGCCACAAAGAAUUGCCUGAGCUUGAAGUCUACAAUUGUGCUGCAGGACCAUCAAAAUUAAUGAGCAUACAGGACUUGAUGACCUUCUCAAAGGAAGCUGUGCUUGAUUGGCCAGUUGAUCAAGCAAUUUGGUCUUCUCGAAUGUUUAUUACUAAAUCUACAUUCCUCUACAAGCUCUUUGGGCUAUUUAUGCAGUUUCUCCCUGGAUUAAUUCUUGAUCUAUUUGCUAUUCUCUUCAAGAAGAAAAGAAGACUCCUUCCUAUUUUACGAACAAUCUGCUAUGCAACAUGCAAAUUGCAAUUCUUCCUGUUUAACACGUGGAAUUUCGACAACGCCAAAUGUUUCUCUCUCAUUAAGCAUAUCAAAGAUGAAGAUCACAGGGACUUUCUCUUCAACUACUAUCCUGAGUAUUCAUCGAAAAAAUACGUUUACAUGUGUGCUCGAGGAAGUAGACGCUAUCUGCUGAGGCAGAGUGAUGAGAAGCUUCAAUAUGCUAAAAGACGCUACCGCAUGAUCCUAAUAGCAGAUUAUAUAUCACUGGUGAUCUUCUCAAUUCUAAUCUUUUAUAUCUUCCUUUAUGAUUAUUUGGCGAAUAUGUAUUUAAUGACUUGGAAAUAAAAAUUAAAUUAAUUAUUUAAAAUAAAAUUUACGAGAAAUGCUCUUCUCAUUCAA